AAAGUCUCCUGAACUGGGGAUGCUCAGAUGCGGCGUGGCUGGGGCAAGCGGUUGGAGCUGCCCUCGCCGGUACUACGCCGUACAACACGAUAGGGCAGCGAGCACAGGCUCACGAGAGUCCUCGAAAGCUCUUUUAACAUCACUGGACCUAAAGGCCGCGAGGUCGGACCUCAAACUGGGGGGGGCAGGGUGAACCCCAAAGCCACAGCCUCUGAGGGCGUCUAAAAGCUCAGGCGAAAUUGGGUCCGGGAGAGCCCGGAAGGCGCGAGGCAAAGCCUGCCCAUAGACGUACAGGCCAGCACGGGUGGGGGGCGGGGGUCCCGGCACCGGAAGGUCUUACAUCAGCCAGCCCACGUGCGACCCGAGGGCCAGAAGGCGCGCGCGGCCCGGGAGGCGGUGCCGCAGUCCCGGCUGAGCUUAAGGCGGGUCCCGCCCCGCCCUCCGUGCGCCUCUCCAGUCCGCGCUGCAGCCCGGGCUCCCGAGCCGAGCGGCGCCGCGCAGGGCCGAGUGGAGCCGAGCAGCCGCCGCGUCGCGUCGCCGGUUUAAGCGCAGUGCGGGGCCUUGGCCGGGGGCGGCGGUAGUGAGGCCAGCGCCGCGCUCCAGCCCCCUUUUCCCUCCAUGGUUUCUCUCCGCUCCCGCGAGUAACUUGGCUCCGGGGGCUCCGCUCGCCCGCACGACCGCACGGCGCCCGGGACCACGCCGCCUCCUCCUGCCGCCUCCUUCCGACGGCCCUCGCCGCGCAGGCCGGGUCGCCUCUCCCCCCUCCGCCCCCGCCGCGGAAAGUUAAGUUUGGAGAGGGGGGACGAGGGGAACAUGGACAUGAAGAGGAGGAUCCACCUGGAGCUGAGGAACCGGACCCCGGCAGCUGUUCGAGAACUUGUCUUGGACAAUUGCAAAGCAAUUGAUGGAAAGAUUGAGGGGUUAACAGAUGAAUUUGUGAACCUGGAGUUCCUCAGUUUAAUAAAUGUAGGCUUGUUUUCAGUUUCAGACCUCCCGAAGCUACCUAAAUUGAAAAAGCUCGAGCUCAGUGAAAAUAAAAUCUUCGGAGGUCUGGACAGACUAGCAGAAGAACUUCCAAGCCUCACACAUCUGAACCUAAGUGGAAAUAAACUGAAAGAUAUCAGUACCUUGGAGCCAUUGAAAAGGUUGGAUUGUCUGAAAAGCCUGGAUCUGUUCGGCUGUGAGGUCACUAACCGGAGUGAUUACCGAGAGACUGUCUUCAGGCUCCUGCCCCAGCUGUCCUAUCUGGAUGGCUAUGACCGAGAGGACCAGGAAGCACCUGACUCCGAUGUGGAGGUGGAUAGUGUAGAGGAAGCCCCUGACUCAGACGGAGAGGUGGAUGGUGUGGACAAAGAGGAAGAAGACGAAGAAGGAGAGGAUGAAGAGGAAGAAGAAGAUGAGGAUGGUGAGGAAGAAGAGGAUGAAGAUGAAGAGGAUGAAGAUGAAGAUGAGGAUGUAGAGGGGGAAGAUGAUGAAGAUGAAGUCAGUGGGGAGGAAGAAGAAUUUGGACACGAUGGAGAAGUUGAUGAAGAUGAAGAGGAUGAGGAUGAAGAUGAUGAUGAAGAGGAGGAAGAAAGUGGGAAAGGUGAAAAGAGAAAGCGAGAAACAGAUGACGAAGGAGAGGAUGAUUAAGACCCAAAACAACCUGCAAGAAACAGAACUGUUGAGUGUUGGUUGGACUGCUCAUGGAUUUGGUAGCUGUUUUACAAAGGUAGCUGUGAUACAAGCCCCAGGACACCCCCACCCAAAGAGCCAAAGAAUAGUUCCCGCGACAUUCCGCCUUCCUCCGUUUAGCCCCUUGGUAAUCCACCACCAAGCCUGGGGACUUCGCCCCAACAAAAUUGUAAACGUUGUUAGGUUUUCGUGUAAGACUCUUGCUGUAUCGUGACAGCUGUGAUUGGUGAGUUGACCGUCCUGGCUGCCAGUUACACUGCGAUUGUAACAACAUUUUUACUUUCUGUACAACAAGGAAAAGCUUUGUAAAUAAAAUCUUAACAUUUUGGGUCUGUUUUCUCAUGCUUUUCUUUUUCUUUCUUUUCUUUUUUUUUUUUUUAAAGACAUUAGGACAUUUUGUGUGAUAACUGCCAAAACCGUAUUUUCUAAGACUUAAGCAAAAUAAAUGCAUUACUCUUGGUAAA